AAAUAGGUUUUUCAAUAUGCCUCCAACAGUGCAAGAUACCAACCGUCCUGAUAGAAGAAGUCAUGCUGGAAAUGAGAAGCGUUCGGGGUCAGAGUUGUAUAGCUGCCGCGUCAAAUACAACAAUGCUUUACCAGAUAUUCCAUUUGAUCCAAAAUUUAUUGCCUAUCCUUUUGACAUGAACAGGUAUGUGCAGUACAAACCAACAUCACUGGAAAAGAGUUUCAAGAGUGAACUGUUGACAGAAGUUGAUCUGGGAAUACCAAUUGAGCUAAUAGACAGUCGGGCUUACCGACUUAAUCCCAACGACCAAUUAGACCCGGCCGAUGAGCGUCUUCUGGAAGAGGAGAGUGCGGUGGCCCAGAACUCGAAGCGAUCCAAGCAACAUGCCAGAAAUAUCUCUUGGUUGCGAAGAACUGAAUACAUAUCAUCGGAGCUCGGAAGAUACGGUCUCAGCAGCGACAAGGCAGAAAUUAAAAUCGGAGCUCAGAUCAAAAAGUUGAUGAAGGAGGAAGACCUCUAUCGGGACCGAGAGAGCCAAAUCAAAGCAAUAGAAAAGACGUUUGAAGACAGCAAACUUCCAAUUGAGAAGCAUCAUUCGAAACAAGGAGUGUACAAAGUAGACGAACAUCCAGUGUAUCCAGAUUUUAAGCUCUGGGCACACCCAUACGCGCAAGUCAUUUUCGACGCAGAUCCUGCUCCAAAAGACAGACCAGUGGAAGAGCAGAUAAGUGACAUGUCUCAAGCCAUGAUCAGGGGUAUGAUGGAUGAGAGUGGAGACCAGUUCGUGGCCUACUUCCUGCCGACGGAGGAGACGAGACGCAAGCGGAAGAUGGACGCAGAACAGGGCAUCGAGUUCCACCCAGAACAAGAGUACCACUACAAACUGACCCGAGAGUAUGGCUGGACGGUGAAGAACAAGGCCUCCAAGGGAUACGAAGAGACAUACUUCUUCAUCUUCAGACCUGAGGACAACGGAGUGUUCUACAAUGAGCUGGAGACCAGAGUCAGACUGAACAAGAGACGCAAGCUAGGACCACAGGGACAAAAUCUCUCACAGCUCACAAACUCGAUCCUGACUGUGACUCACCGGGACUUCGCGGUAGACGAGAAGAAUGCACAGAACAUCAGGAUGACGCAGCUGGAACCAGCUUUGGCGGAGGACGACGAAGAAGAAGAUGAAGAAGAGGAAGAGGAAGUGAAUGGGGAAAACGAGGGGGAAGCAGAGGUCGAGGGGGAGGAGAAUGAAGAGGAAGAAGGGGAGAAAAAGGAGUCUGGUUCUGAAAGCGAAUCGGAAGGAAAGACGCCUAUAAAAACUGAAGCGGCGGAGACGAACGGUGACAAUGCAGAUGAAGUGAACGAUAACAUAGAGGCUGAAAACUCAGAUGGUGAGGAUGACCAAAGUGCUGAAAAAGACCAACAAAAUGAAGUAACCCAAGACAACAAUGAUUCACUUGUCCCAAAUGGAAAACCAGAGAACGAUGAGUCAGAAGCGGGUGAGAGUGGAGUGAAAAAAGAAGGCCACUCUAGUAGCGAAGAGGAGGAGGAGGAAGAAGAAGAAGAUGAUUCGAGCGAAGAUGAAGAGGUUCAAGAGAAACAAGACGAUGAAGACGAGUAGCAGCUAUUAUACGCGCAGAUCAUAAUAGCGGAAGACGAGAAUCGGCCGAAUGGCGUUUGGUGGAAAAUCGCAGGUCGUACCUUGGUUGUGUGAAAGCUGCACCGCACCGCGGGAAACUGUCUUCAGAAACUGUAACUUGGAUUAGAUUAAACUCUUUCUAUUAAGAAUGUCUGUUGAAUAUUCAACUUUUAAAAUUUUA